AUGUUCUUUUUUAUCUCACUAUUACUUCUAAAAUACCUGAAACAGGGUUUUUUGCUAGAGAAACAACUACAAGACUUUCGCACCGCUGGAACUCAUACUUUAGCCGCCAAAGUCUUCCUUAGGAACGUUAUUAUAACCUGCAAUGGAGAAAAUAUCAAGAGUCUGAUUGCUACCCAAUUUAAUAAUUAUAGUAUUGGGUUUAGAAUGCAUGCUUUAGAGCCAUUGAUUGGUAAUGGGAUUUUUGCUAGCGAAGGUGAAAGAUGGAAGGCAUCACGGGAAAUGCUUAGACCACAGUUUUCUCGAGAGCAGGUAUCGCACGUUCAGACUCUUGAGCCUCAUUUCAAGAACUUUGCCAGAGAAAUCAGGAAACUCAACGGGAAAGAGUUCAACAUUCAAGACUAUUUUCACAAAAUAACAAUUGAUACUUCAAGUGAGUUCUUGUUUGGUGAAUCGACGAAUACAUUGACAUCAGCCUCCAAUGAUAAGUUUCAAUUUGCCGAUGCUUUCAAUAAAGUUCAGGAUACUUUGACAGAAAAGUUUAUGCUUGGACCAUUGCAUUGGGUCUCUAACUCCAAGGAAUUCCAAGGACACAUCAAAGAAAUUCAUGACGCUGUUAAGUUUUAUGUUGAUAAGGCGCUUGAAACUCAGGAAGAGAAAUUGCAGGAAAGGUCUCAAGACAACUACAUUUUUUUAUAUGAGCUUGUAAAGAAGACUAGAGAUCCCAAGGUGCUUCAAGAUGAGCUAUUGAGUAUUUUGUUAGCCGGAAGAAAUACUACUGCUGGAUUGUUGUCCUUCUUGUUCCUUGAAUUAUCCAGAAAUCCAAGAGUAUGGUCUAAAUUGAAGGAGGAUAUAUACGAAAGCUUCGGACAGGGUUCGAGUGAUGAGCUCGAGAAGAUUACCUUUGAAUCUAUGAAAAGAUGCACCUACUUGAAAUACUGUAUCAACGAGGCGUUGAGACUCUACCCUCCCAUUUCUAGGAACGUAAGAGUUUCAAAAAAAAAUACAACACUUCCAAGAGGUGGAGGGAAAUAUGGCGAUUCGGCAAUAUUUGUCCCCAAGGGCACUAUAGUAAUGAUGCAUAUUUACUCUAAUCACCGACAAAAGGAUGUCUACGGUGAAGAUGCCGAUGAGUUUAAUCCUGAAAGAUGGGAGAACCUCAAACCCGGGUGGGCUUUCAUGCCUUUUGGAAGUGGUCCUAGAAUAUGUUUGGGUCAACAGUUUGCCUUGACUGAGGCUUCCUAUAUAACUAUUCGAAUUCUUCAAACGUUUCCUCACAUUACAGGAAAUAAUCCGCAAUACCCGCCAAGAAAAGUUAGUAAUGCAACCAUGAGAUUGAUGGACGGAUGUAUCGUUACUCUAAAGUAGCUUAUUGGAAGGUUACGGGUGAAAAAAGGAAAAAGAAUGUGAAUUUUUAAAAAUAGUUCAUAAAUAGGUCUUCUGACAAAGUUAGCAAACAUUCAAAUCCCAGCCCAACUCAUCACAUAUAUUUGACCAAUCAACAAUCACAUUACCAUCGGGGUUUAAUUCCCAUACUCGUUGUAGAAUAACCCAGCAUUUGUCAAGGUUUUGAACUGGACUUACCAUUCGAACCUUGUUGAUUGUCGAUUUCAUAUAGGCCUUGUUACCUUGCUCAAAAGUACAAACCCCACAUAUGAGGAGAGGCAAGCACAAAAUUAGGUUCAUUUUGCUAGUUAUCAAAAUGUCAACCAAGUCAAAGCACUCAAGAACAAUCUGCUGUAUUUGGUAGUUACUAGGGAUUAUUUGCUUGAUGUACAAGUGUAAGUACAACUCACAACAAAGUUUGUAUAGAUCGUAAGUCUUAGAGUAAACUUCAUACUCGGAUGGGUCAUUUUCAAUGGAUUUUAGAACCUCUUGAUUGGGAUUAGUAGUCUCGAGUUUAGCACUCAAUUUUGAAGCGAAUGAUUCAACUAGUUGAUAGUAGUCCCUUUUGGCUCUUUGAUAUUCGACCAAGCUCUGUUCCAGGGAUUUAUCUAUUGAUUCUACAAGAAUCAAUUCACGCGUAAGGAUCACCUUGUGGUUCAUGAUGUCACCUAAUAAUAAAAGCACCAGCUGAUGGCAACCUUGUAAAGUAUCAAUUCCGUAGCUCAACUCAAAUUUCUUGAAAUUAGGGUGAUUGAAGACCAUUUCAUACUCUUCCACAGGAAAUGAAGUCCCUUCAGCCAACGUCCGCGAAGACAUAAUAUCGUUGUACUGUAGAUUGGAUACCAUGAAUCUUAUCUCAUGAGAGUAGCUGAAGUCUUCACAAAGCUUCUGCAAUCCCCCAUACUCAUUGAUCAAUCUGCAUGUUUUAUCAAAGUAAACUCGCCAUUCUUUGAGCUCCCCGAUACAUAUAUGCAUUUCAGAUAUUAUAAGGUAAAAGCAC